UUAACAUGGGAGGAAGGAACCGAGGUCUUGUACAUAAACCCUGACGGUGUUUGUGUUUCAGCGGCGAUUUAACGACGAAAUACGUGUUUACACACAGACACCAAGGAAGAACGACUGCGAUUAAGUGGACGAUAUCGUGGGAAAGCGAAUCCUUUGCACCACAGUGCCAUGGAGUUUCCACACCUGGGAGAGCACUGUUCAGAGAAAUCCUGCAAGCGCCUGGAUUUCCUGCCAAUGAGAUGUGAUGCUUGUGAAGGGAUUUUCUGUAAAGACCACAUAACUUAUGCAAGUCACAAGUGUACUUCAUCAUAUAAAAAGGAUGUCCAGGUCCCAGUGUGCCCACUGUGCAAUACCCCCAUUCCAAUUAAAAGAGGGGAAAUGCCAGACAUUAAAGUUGGAGAGCACAUAGACAGUGACUGCAAGUCCGAUCCUGCACAGAGGAAAAGAAAGAUUUUUACAAAUAAGUGUUCUAAGGGAGGCUGCAAGCAGAAGGAGAUGAUUCGUGUAACAUGUGACCAGUGCCACUUGAACUACUGUCUUAAGCACAGACAUCCACUGGACCAUGAUUGUAAGACUGAUGGCAAGCCAGUGUCCAAAUCAGGACAUGCUGCUUUAAUGAGAAUUCAGAGUGCCUCCAGCAGUAGUGCUGCAGGCUCGUCCAUUAUAGGGAGCUCGACUGGAGCAAGCCGAACAGCUCGUGCUCAGAAUAGUAGUGCACAAAGGACUCCAGCCCCUUCUGUGGUUCCCCCUGCAGCACAGAAUGUAGUACCAUCAUCAGCAUCCUAUCAGGCUGGACUGACAGAGGAGCAGGCUCUCCAGCGUGCAUUAGAGAUGUCACUGGCUGAAACAGCCCGACACACGCCAUCUGCUCUCAGUCCUCAGGAGCAGGAGGAUCUGGCCUUGGCUCAGGCCCUCGCUGCUAGUGAGGAAGAGUACCAACGACAGCAGCAGAGACAACAGGUAUCAAGAACCCUUAGCAGCCAGUAGCAUGCAAUGCUAGUAGGACCUCAAUUAGGGGAGGGAUUCCAAGCAGUCCAACUGCCGUCUGUCUUAAAUUCUGAUCAUGCUGAUGUAAUGCAACCUGCCUCAAUUUAAACACACACACAUGCACACACACAAAUAUACCAGUAAUCUGAAUGGACUAUUCCUCAACCCAGCGCACAAACCUCUGGGUCUGUCAACGCAACUUAUUUUUCAGACAGAGCUUUAUGUACAUAUUUUAUAUAGUGACCAUGUUAAUCAGUAUUCAAUGUAGAUGUUUCUGAAUAAAUUAUUUUAAACAUU